AUGAGUGUGAACAGUACCUGCAUCAACAAGACUAGGGAGAGUGUCAGUGCGAUUUUUAUCAAUGUUUGGACAGGGGUGUCUAGUAUAGUGGCUGUGAUCUGGUUGUCUAGGUCCAUGUACAAACAAAGGCAUUUUUCGCAACCUAAAUUUCUUUCCCUGGCGGUGUGUUUUUGUGAUUUGUUGUACGCUGCAAUAAGUAACUCGCAAGUUGUUGCUGCAUCGUGGUUAGGGUAUUGUGUGCUGGGAGGGGAUCAAGGUUGUAUCAUACGUGGAUUCUCGAGGAACUCCACAAUGGUGGCCUCUCAUCUGAUGGUGGUGCUCAUGGCUAUGGAAAGAUUUAUCGCUCUACGGUUUCCGUUUCGUUAUCAACACUUGUUGACACCACGGAAAGUGGUAACUGUAGCCGUUAGUUUGUACAUUUAUUCAAUUUUCCUUGCAACCUUGCCAUUAAUGGGAGUGAACAAAUAUGGUUAUGGACUAUGGUGCGAUUUUCACUGGAACGAUACCUCCCCGGCGGGCAGGUUUUUUGUCAUUUUCUUCCUCAUUCAAGGAUUUGGUUGUAUGCUGUUAACUGUUUACUGCAAUAUUUCUGUGAUAUACGAGUUACUUGCUAUUAAGCGGCGAGUUGGGCCUGGACUCAGCAAAGCGUCUUUCAAAGAAAAGGUGGAUCACUUCAAGUUUAUGGCAAUCAUGGCGAUGGUGUCAAUCUUCUACAUCAUAUGCUCAACACCAUAUCUAAUCAGGCUUAUGUGCAAUCAGUUUGGAAUUGACAGAUCACUGGAAAAAGACUUCCAAGCGGUUAGAAUGUACAUCAUCAACAACAUGACAAAUUCCUACCUUAUUCUCUUCAUUCAAGUUUUGUUCCAUCCCAAAGUGAUAGACAGAUUCCGAGCAUGCUGUUGUGCGCAUGCGUCUAAAGAGAAUGACACUACAGUUGCAGAAAUGCAGACAUCUGAAGUCGUCGUGCCACCAUAA